AACCAUUUUGUUUGACUCACACAGACUUGAUCGUUAGAUGGUCGAGCGCUCCACUGAACGGGAUAGAAAUGUUUUGUUUGUUGACAUAUGAAAAGGUGCCCGGGACACGUUCUUGAGGAGCGCCGCUGGAAAUAUUUGAGCAGACACUUCCAAACCUGAAAGGGACUCUUGGAUAGCCGCUCAGGGUGCUGAGAGCAGAAAACAAAUCGGAGCAGAUGGCGAAAGGGAGGAAGCCGACCCCCCGCCGCCCUCCAGGCUAAAGUGAUUUACGAGAGCGAAAAAGAGGAACAAGCGCUAACGGCCGCCACAACAGCUCACUGAUUGCAGCUUUUCUGCUAAAGAAUCCAGUGGUUAACCCGGAAGCGGAGCUGCUUGACCUUCUUCAGUCGUUUCCGGGUUUUGCGGCGAAGUCUCAAAAAAGGGUCUUCAAAUGAUGCAGCUCCACUUCACUAAAGAUGCUUUGCCGGCGUCUGUCAGCGGCGACUUCCAAAACCUCAACAAAUUCAACGAGCAGCAAUUUCUUCGACUGAUGGAAAUUCUCUUCCAGUUUUUGUUAAAGCCCAAAGAGACAGAGAAGUUAAUGCAGCAGCUAAGUGACUUUGCAGGUGAAAACAGGAUGAGUGCAGGCCCACUCAAAAACCUCAUGAAGAGCAUCAUCUUCGUGCCACAGGGUGCGAUGAAGCGAAACCUGACGGCCGAGCAGCUGAAAGAAGAUCUGCAGACUUUAGGACUUCACGAGGACAAGGCGGCUCAUUUUUCACAACAGUGGGCGGAGCAUCGCGCGGCGCUGUGCAGACUGGCCGCGCAGCAGACGCUGACCGUCAACCGGCUGGUGGACAUGGAAUGGAAGUUUGGCGUGACUGUCGGUACCAGCGAGAUCCACAAGAUGAGCAACAUCUUUCUGCAGCUGAAACUAGUUGUCCAGAAGGGGAAUGCCACAGAAAACCUCUACAUGGAGUUGAACCUCCCCCAGUUUUACAACUUCCUGCACGAGAUGGAGAGAGCCAAGGCGAGCAUGGACUCGUUCAGCUGAGUGUGUGUCUACAUUUGUGUCGCCUUUUGUCUUUGUGUUUAUGCAUCACGCGUGGGCACAAUUUCAAGUUUCGACAAGCCACGACACAUUUAUAUCCAAUAAUAAAGUUAUGUCAAAAAUACAA